ACGCUCCCUCCUCCGGCGCGCUCUACCCCUCGCCCGCCCGCCGCGCACGCAGCCGGCCCCGGCUCCCCGCGCCCCGCCGCCGCCGAGCGAGCCGGGCUGGGCUUGGUGCUGCCUAUGGAGAAAGUGCCGGGCGAGAUGGAGAUCGAGCGCAGGGAGCGGAGCGAGGAGCUGUCCGAGGCGGAGAGGAAGGCGGUGCAGGCUACGUGGGCCCGGCUCUAUGCCAACUGCGAGGACGUGGGGGUGGCCAUCCUGGUGAGGUUCUUUGUGAACUUCCCGUCGGCCAAGCAGUACUUCAGCCAGUUCAGGCACAUGGAGGACCCGCUGGAGAUGGAGCGCAGCCCCCAGCUGCGGAAGCACGCCUGCCGGGUCAUGGGGGCCCUCAACACCGUCGUGGAGAACCUGCACGACCCCGAGAAGGUGUCCUCCGUGCUCGCCCUGGUGGGCAAAGCCCACGCCCUCAAGCACAAGGUGGAGCCCGUGUACUUCAAGAUCCUCUCUGGGGUCAUUCUGGAGGUGAUCGCCGAGGAGUUUGCCAACGACUUCCCGCCCGAGACGCAGAGGGCCUGGGCCAAGCUGCGUGGCCUCAUCUACAGCCACGUGACCGCUGCCUACAAGGAAGUGGGCUGGGUACAGCAGGUCCCCAACGCCACCACCCCACCGGCCACGCUGCCCUCUUCGGGGCCGUAGGGUCCCUUCCACCCUCCCCCCUCCCUGGCAGCACCUUGAGUGGAAGGCCGAGUCCUGAAGACCCUCCUUGACCCUCCAUUUCUGGGUGCCAAGGAAGCUGGAGGAACCCCUGACUCGUCUUCCCGGAAAGAGGCCUCUGCCCUGGCCACAGCCCGCCGGGAGCCGCCGGGAGGUGGCACUGGAUGCUGACCCUCCGGGCGGCGCGGGGCCUGGGGGGGUGGGGGCCCCGCCCCUCCUCCUCCUCGAAGAGCCACGCCCACUCUUCUUAGCUUUUCUACUAACCGUGAGAGACCCCGCUGACUAGCGGGCGGGAGGCGGGGCCAGGUCUGCGCGCCUGCGCCGCAGCAGGCGGCGGGCGCCAUCCCUGCUUCCCUCCGCCCGGCCAGCAUGCGGGUCUCCACAUUGCCUCUCUAGACCAUCUCGCACACGUACCCACCGUAUACACAGAUAUAUUCUAUAUACAACCUAUAUAAACAUAGACCUAUCUAUCACGAGUAUCUGCGGGGCCCGGAGGCACACGGGGAGCCGAGGCUCUGCCCGUCUGCACGUGGAGUGGGGGCACAGGGGAGUGGGGGUUCCUGCUCGUGCUCCUGGGCAGAGAACAGAGUGUUCUGGGCAAGAUGGGGGGGCCAUAUCGGCACAGAGGGGAUCUGGGCCUGUGGGCAGCGUGGGGAAGACCCAAGGGCCUGCACGGGCAGGGUGGGGGUGCCACAGCCCCUUCUCCGACCAGCUCCCCGCUUCCCUGCCCCCCACUUCGAGGAGAGAAGGGUUCGGUUUUCCCCAUCUUCACGCCGCACUGGGGGUGGUGGCGCCCUGCCUGGCUCCGAAACGGGCAAGGGCAGACCGGGGUGGGGAGGGCAGAAGUUCUGGACAGGAGGGAUGUGCUGGGGGAGGGGCCGAGGUGAAAAAACAGAAACCUCUAAUGCCAGCCCCGUCUGCUUCUGCCACUAAGACAGCCCCAGAGGGAGGAGGGACCAUGAUGACAGGACCGGAUGCCUCCGUGUCAGCCUGGAGCUCUGGGGGCCCAGGGCCGCCCUCCCCCGCCCUCCUGGCUGCGGGGCUGGGUCCGCGGGGCUGGGGACCACUCCCGGGGUGUGCCCCUUGGUCACGUGUACCGUCCCCAGGGAUGUGUCGCUGCCGUGACUGUUGUGCCUGUGUCCCCUCCUGUCCCGCCCUUGUGCAGCCGUCCGUGUAACUGCCUGCCCUCCUUUUGUAGCCCCUGACCUCCGUGCGCGGACCCCGCCGUGCCAUUAAACGGGCUCCUCUUCCUGUGUC